GCGUCGGCGGAUGAUGGCGUGAGGUGGAGUGGCGUCCUCACCAGCCACUUUCCCCUUCGCGCGUCAGCGCCCCAGCUCCAGAGUCUCCUGCCAACUAACCUCUUCUCCUCCACCACCGCCACCGCACGCUCAGCACCCGUCGCCAUCCUUGCCUUGCACAGUGUAUACUUGUUCAACGAUAUCGGUACCCUUCUUGCAAUCCAUCAAAGCCUUCGCCGGCCUGCUCACCAAUCUCAAUCCAAUUCGCGACCCAUCCGCGCGCCCAAUUGCAUCAACACGCGCGCGUCUCCCCUUUGCGCCUCACGGUCUCCACCACGCACACCUCCAUCCGCAAGCUGCGCAACCCGCGACCAUGUCGAACCGAUCCCUCCCCGAAGCCCGCAACCCGCUGCUAACAGAAGACGCGGCGCCAAUGUACGAGAACCUCGUAGAAAGGCGAUGUCUAGGCCAAACCGAAUUAAAAGUCAAACCGGGCCAAGUGGGCACCACGAAUGCCACCAAACCCGACAAUCUCGGCGUGCUCGACUACGCCCACCUGCGCGUCCCCCUUCCCCGCGACCUCAGCAGCAGCGGCAUCUUCUUGCGCCAGGCCAAUCGCAAGUGGCCUGAGGCCUACUUCCUCAUGCGCCGCUCCACCGACGGCUACAUCAGUGCUACUGGCAUGUUCAAAGCCGCGUUUCCGUGGGCGCAGACGGCGGAAGAGGCGGCGGAGAAGGAGUACAUCAAGUCUCUUGAGCAGACGUCGGACGAAGAGGUGGCUGGGAAUGUCUGGAUUCAUCCGGAUCAAGCCCUCCUCCUAGCAGACGAAUACGGCAUCCGAAGAUGGAUCGAAGCCCUCCUCGACCCCGAAGCAAUCACGCACGGCACCAGCGACCCCAAGAAACAAAUCAAAUCCCCACCCCCCUACCGCAUCAGCAAAUCCCUCUCCAACGGCCCCAGCACCAGCAAAACCCCAAGCAAAGCAAGCCACAAGCGCACCAGCAGCAAAGCCAGCAAAGCAGGCCAAGACACCCUCUCCGUGCCACCGGACUCACCGACAAAAAAGACGCCCGCGCGCAAAAUCGCCACUCCGCGGAAACCGCGCAAAUCCCGCGGUAAAUCUGCCGAGCCGGACGCUGCGCUGCUCAACGGCGCGGAGAAGGCGAAAGUAGAAGUCGAGGCGGAGAUCGAACAAGCGCUCCUGACAGGCGAAGAGAAAGUCAAAGCAACCAAAAUCAACGUCGAAGUCCCCGCCGAGCGCGCCGCGAGCGGAGGUCUGCAAGACGCGCCUGAAAUCGUGGAAAAAGCGAAGGAGAUGGUGUCCGAGGCGGCGAAGCUGGCCGUUGCUAGCGGACCUUCGGGCAACAAGGGGAAGAGGAAGGCGAAGGAGCUGGAAGAGGACUUGGAGGAGGAGCUGAGUCCUGCUGGCGGGGAUGCGAAGCGCAUCAAGACUUCGUCUGCCGCUGCGCUGGAGCUUAGGAAGGAGCGGAUCCGGCGGCGGGCGUUGACGGGGAUUGCGGCGAGUUUGGCUAUUGGCGCGCUUGUUCCCAGCAUCCUGGCUGCCUUGGGCUCGUAGCCUGGAUUGUUCAUUUCUCUCCGUGGGUACGAGGAUGUUGCCGUAUCUGCCUUUUUCUUAUUAAAAUGAUACCAACUGUUCUGUUUCUUCUUCUCAUUCUUCUGCCUGGACAAAGGGGAUCGGGAGUCCACAUGGCAUGCGGCAGACGCUCAGGUGGACGCUU